AUGGCUGAAGCAGAAUAUAACAAAUUAUUUGAUGAGGGUGAAGAGGAAAAUGUUGAAGAAAAUGAACCUGAAAUAGUUGAGGAUGAAAUAACUGAGAAUGAAUUACCCGAGAAUGUUGAAGUGGUAGGGUACAAUGAUGGUGAUGAUGAGGAAAUUAACAAUGCAGAAAAUACUCAAUCGAUCAAUCCCAAUGCCGAAAAUACUGAAUAUGUCGAAAACAUAGUUUAUGAUGAUGAUGACAAUGCGGAUGAAUUAGAUGAAGAGGCAUUAAGAACAUUUAUGUUGCAAUUAUUUCAAUUACAAAAACAAAAUAUUGUCAAGAAAAAAGAAAGUUGUCUUAUUCCUAGCGUGACUAAAUUUUUGAAAUUAGAUUUGGAGCAAAAAGGCGAACAAAUCACCCCUUCUAUUACCCAAAAUUUAUUACAUAUUUGUUAAUUAAUUGUAAACCAGAAAAUAGAUGUUGACGUGUCUCCUGGUGACAGAAAUGUUAUGGAAUAUAUCAUCAAUAAACAUUGUCCUGCAAAGGAUAAAAGGUUUACACUUGUUGAGGAUAUGUGCAUACACGGUUAUAUUCGUAAAGCUGUUCAGCAACUAGACUAA